GUGUGGAGAACAAACCUGUCCUGAUUGACACACACACACACACACACACUCACACACACAGACACACACAGACACACACAGACACACACGGCCUCAUGCCUGAAGGUUGGCAGCGUGACAGCAGCAGUUAACUCGGGGGGACAAACAGCACGAGACGGCAAACUAUCUGCAUCUGGAUUCUUUCCUGCAGCGACGAGGACGUGUUGAUGCAUGUGUGUUAAUGACUGCUGUGACAAAAGUAUUUUAGUUGGUGUUAAUGAUGCGUGUGGAUCUUUGGAGGAUCCACAGCUUGGUCUUCAAGUUCAUAUCUUUGUCCUUGUGUUUUCCUUCAUACGGAGUUCCACACAGAACCCAGUUCUGAAGAACCAUCUGAAGGAAUCUAAGAAAAACCAUUUCGCAGCACAACGGUUACACAGUCAGAGGCUGAGGCUCGAUCACUGACUCAUCUGAACGCUCUAUAAAAAAAGACAUGAUGAAAGGAACAGCAGCACACAUCUGGACCUGCGUUCUCUUCACCUGGUUUCUUAACAAGACGGAUGGAAAAAUUCAAGAUGUGCAUGUGACCUGUCAGUACUCUGAGGUCUGCGUCCUUCCCUGCAGCUUUUCCCCUUCAGGCAGGGAGGAGAUCCGCUGGUUCAGACACGACGUCCUCAUUUACACUCACCCACAGAGCACAAAGUUACAAGACCAGCUUUUUACCAGCAGGAUGUCUGUUCCAGCUGAUGAGCUGUCGCUCGGGAACGCGUCACUCCUGCUGCAGCGCUGUGUGCUGAGCGACAGGGGGCGCUACAGGUGUCAGGUGACAACAGGGGAAAAAACUAAUGACUACUUCAUCUUACUCAAAGUGGAAGCUCCGAUACGCUCGGUUAAACUCGAGGUCACUCGUCUGAGCGGUUAUGAGGAGGUCAAGUGCUCCACGUACGAAGUUUAUCCUGCUCCUCACAUCUUCUGGUCCACUGAUCCGCCCACACCUGUGGAGAAGCUCAAAUACACCACCAGAAAAAUGCCUGAUAAACAGGGGCUGUACAUCAUAGAGAGUAAACUGAAGAGACUGGGACAGCGGCGUGAUCUGAGCUACAUCUGCUCCAUCAACUCAUCCUCUGCUGCUCAGAUGUGGACGGCAUCACUCGCUGAGACAGUUCACAACAACAUCACAUUCCAAUCGAAGGUGUACUCGUUCUCCACCUGGAUGGAAAUCAACUCAUCUGAAGGUCAGGACGUCACCAUCCCCUGCAGAAGCCCCUGGAACCUGCAGAACUUCACACUGACCUGGACCUUCGCCAAAGCCGACACGUCCACCGUCAUCUGCACUUACGACAGCAAAACACAGCUUAUCUCCAACCUCUGGAACGGCACGGCACAGCUCGAACCCCAGCGUGUACAGCAAGGCGACGGAUCCCUGCAACUGCUCGCCGUCCAGAGCCUGGAACACAUGGGAACGUACACGUGUAACAUCUCAGCAUUCCAGAGGAACCACGUGGGACAAACCCGGGUUAACAUCACGUCACAGCAGUCUGAAAACGAGGACCUGAGGAUGGUGAGCUCCAGGCCCUGGUGGAUUCCCUUCGUCGUCGUCAUCGUCCUGGGUCUCAUCAUUGCAGCUGCUAUUGUAGGAAUUGUAAAAUUACAAAAAAAGUGUUCACACUCCAAACCAACAGGAACAGCCAAAUAUUCCAAGGAGGUUAAAGUUACUGUAGAUAAGAGUGAAGAAUUAACAGAAGGAUGUCAUUUAACAUCCGAUCAAAGUUAAGAGGACGUGUGAGGAGGACCGAAGCCUCCACGGGAUUUCAUCAGAGGAAAUGGACCCGAGAGCAGAAGCUGAGCUGCAUCUGGACGCUCGCUGCUGGAUGUUUCUGUUUACGUCGAGAUAAAGCGAUUUUUAUUUCUCUUAUUUUGCACAGAACUCUGAGACGUGAUGAUGCCGUGCGUUCGGGUCACGUUAGAGCUUCAGAACUCAACAAUACGAUCUUUACAUCUGCAGCCCACUGAAAUCACACACUUCUAUUAAAACAAAUAAAAAACAAUCUUACAAUUUUACUUUUAUUUUCAUUCAUAUUCAUGAUUUCAGUUUUUAAAGCAAGAAAACUUGUUUUUUAGUUAAAAAAAGCGGUUACAUUUAAAAUAUAUAUGAUUUUAAAUGUUUAGAAUUAUCUUUUAUUUAUAUCGUAGAGAAAAGAAAGUUUAUAUUUUCAGACCACAAACAUUU